AUGGAGAUGAAAACAGAUUUCGGCGCAUUUUGUCAGAACCAAAUUGGGCGAAAGGAAGGAACCGCUUUAAUAUACAGUAAGGAUAAAGUGUUGGUGCCAAGAAGCAGCAGUCCCGUCACUGUGUAUGUGGAACUCCCCUCCAUCAUUGAACAAGCUUUUUCAACCAUUGCAUGGGAUGAUGUGGAAGAUUGCGCGAUCAGACGAGACACAAACUCCCUCAGCUUUCAGGUGAAUGAAUCAGACGCCUGCGAUCAAGACUUUGGUGAUUAUGCGCUGGAUUAUUUGGCAGACUCUCCUGCCAUGCUGGAGAGCAGCCUGUCUCCCACUGCGCUGGUGCCUUUCCAGGGAUGCGUCAUACCUCCCCUCACCCCUGACAGGAGCUUCACUGCAGAGGACAAGCGUGUUAAGUCACCCACAGGACCAGACAACACACCUGCACAGGAUGAGGGUCCAUGGAGAAGUGUGACAGAAAGUCAUGGAAGUGAACUGGAAUAUUCAGUUACAGUCAACAAAGAGCUUCACAACACUCUUCACAGAAAACAAGGAGAGAUCGACUCUCUUGAGGAGAAAAACUUCCACCUCAGGCAGCUGGCCAAUCGAGCAAAGCACCUGGCCUCAGUGCUUGAGAAACUGAUGACAGUGAGAGACUCAAAUAUAAGAGAAGCAGCGAUGCCCUGUGGUGAGAAGCCUUCCUUGAGUCCCUGUAAGCGGCAGCGACUGGAUGAGGGCUAUGAAACCGAGUCCUCAGACUCCGUGGAGGAUAUGCUGCGAGACGUCAGCACGCGGUGUAACGCUGUCCUGCACAGCUGCUCCACCGGGGCGGGACUGCGGCGGGAAUCGGACCCCAUACGCAUGCACGGGGCCUUCUCGGGCCUACAUACGUCCGUACUGAAAGACGGCAGCGAGCCGCUUGGAGGAGCAGAGGCUGCAGAGAGGAUUUCAUCUUUCAGAACCUCCAUCAGAGAGCACAGCACCAUCAGGACUCAGGCCUUUCCUCACGGACACGCGUUCACCUCCAGGACUCAGCAGGGGGGAUACCGCUUUCGCUGGGUUCCCAACCACAGCUGA